AAAAAUGAAACGUUUAACGAGUUCUAUAGCGAAGUUAAAGCUAUAGAAGAGAGAGAUUCAGUUUUAACUUCUAAACAACAGAUAGACAGAUUAAACCGACCAGGCUCAACUUACUUUAAUCUCAACCCAUUCGAUGUUUUACAGAUUGAUCCAGACACACCAUUAGCAGCAGUAAAGAAACGCUAUCGUCAGAUGUCUAUAUUGGUCCAUCCUGAUAAAAAUCCAGAUGAUAUAGACAGAGCACAAAAAACAUUUGACGCAUUGAAUAAGGCAUAUAAAACGUUAGAAAAUGAAGAAGGUAUGAAGAGAUGUCAAGAGAUAGUAGAAGAGGCUAAAUCAAGAACAGAUGAUAUGAUAAAACAUAAGAAGAAACAAUUAAAGAAAGAUGGAAAAGCAGUAGAUGUACCUGAAGACAAUAUAGAAAAGUAUAAACAUGCAGUGUAUGUUCAAACUUGUAAAUUAUUUGCCGAUUUAGAAAGAAUGAGAAGAGAAAAAGAAGCCAGAGAAAUGCACGAAAAGAAGAGAAAGGCAGAGGAAGAUGCAGAUGAAGAGGAAAAGAAGAAAAUGCAGAAAGAAUGGGAUAAAAAUUUUGAGGCUUCCAGAACGGGUCGAGUUGAUAGCUGGAGGAAUUUUAAAUCUGGA